CUCAAGUAUGAAAUCAAGAAGCUGAUCUACGUACAUCUGGUCAUAUGGCUGCUGCUGGUUGCCAAGAUGAGUGUGGGACACCUGAGGCUCUUGUCGCAUGAUCAGGUGGCCAUGCCUUAUCAGUGGGCAUACCCAUUUUUGCUGAGCAUUUUGCCUUCUUUCUUGGGCCUUCUCUCCUUCCCCCGCAACAACAUUAGCUACCUGGUGCUUUCUAUGAUCAGCAUGGCGCUCUUUUCCAUCGCUCCUCUCAUUUAUGGCAGCAUGGAGAUGUUCCCUGCUGCACAGCAACUCUACCGCCAUGGCAAGACCUACCGCUUCCUUUUUGGGUUUUCUGCUGUCUCCGUCAUGUACCUGGUGUUGGUAUUGGCAGUCCAAGUGCAUGCCUGGCAAUUAUACUACAGCAAGAAGCUUCUAGACUCUUGGUUCACCAGCACACAGGAGAAGAAGCGUAAAUGAGGGAUAAAUGAAGCCUGAUAACCUGCUCUGUGGGGUGAA